AUGGCAGGUGCGCAAGAGGCUUCAACAAUUGCCGUCUAUAGUGGGCACGCCAUAUUGCCGCCAGAAGUGCAGCAUGUUCAGCAAGAGUGUCUGCAGCAGUUCAUGCUGCAGCGAUACAGACAGGGUGGUCUCGGCUACGCACCGUCAGUGUUCCAGCAGCCUUAUUCAAGUGUACUGGUGGUGGAGGGCUAUCCGCUCAUGGUGACAUCCCCUCAGGUCUUCCAAGCCAAGCAGGGACAAACUCGGCUGCUGAGCAAACCUGAAGGGACUGACUGGGAGUUUUUAUCGGGAGACAAUCCACGACCCGCCAACCGUGGACGUCAAGCCUAUACUGAAUUAUAUCUCUUUGACGGGGUUUCGGAAGCGCUUGUUUUUAGUUAG